AUGGACGGCGGCUGCCCGACGCCCCCCUGGCCCCUGCCGCGCGGGAGAGGGAGCGACGGCGCCCCCCCCCGCACCUGGCCUGCCUUGGCCUCCCCCCCCCCGGCAGCCCUGCCCCCUUUGCACUGCGGCAAGCAGGGGGGUGGCGUCGGGUCCGGCUGGCCGGGGAGGGGGCCCCGGCUCGCGUUCCCCAGGCCGCCCCCCCCGCCUCGCCCCCCGCGCCAGGCGCUGCGCAAAUUGGAAGCAGCUGCGGCCACGCCCCUCCUCCGCCGCGGAGGUCCGCCCGCCCGCCCCCCCGCCCCGUCUCACCCCCUGGCCCGGAGCCCUCGCUUGGGGGGAGGGGGCUCGCCGCUCGCAGCGGAGCCGCGGGGACCGGCCGGAGGGGCUUCCUUCGGCGGAGGGCUGCCUGCGGCCGGGCGCGGCCCCCCGGCAAGUGAGCGGACGCGGCCCGCCGGCGCCCCCCCCCCCCGCGAAGCGGCCGAGCCGGGCGGCGCGCCCCCGCCCCCCCGCCCGCCCCCCCGCUGGCCAGCGCCGCCAAGUCGGAGCUCAAGCGGCGCCUCUGCCCGCGCCGCCCGCCCGGGGGCCGCCGCCGCCGCCUCCUCCUCGGGGCCGGAGCCUGAGCUGCAGCGGGAGAGGCCCCGCUCCAGCCCCCGCUUCCCUCGGAGGAGGGAGCCUGGAGAAGAGCCAGACAUGGUCCCGCUGCUCUUCCUGCUGGGGGGCCUGGCGCUGGGACAGGGCUCGGCCGCUGUGGGCACCCUCGACCUGCAGAUAGACGAAGAGCAGCCCGUGGGCACCAUCAUUGGCGACAUCAGCGCAGGCCUGCCGCCUGGCACCGCCUCCUUCAUGUAUUUCAUUUCUGCCCAGGAGGGCAGCGGGGUGACCACCGACCUGGAGAUCGACGAGAACUCCGGCAUCAUCAAGACUGCACGCGUCCUGGACCACGAGAGCCGUGACCACUACAGUUUCAUCGCGGUCACCCCAGAAGGUGCCACGGUGGAGGUCCGUGUGCGGGUCAACGACAUCAACGACCACCACCCCACCUUCCCCAAGCAGCGCAGCUCCCUCCAGAUCCCCGAGCACACACCCCUCGGGAGCCGCUUCCCCCUCGAGCCGGCCUUUGAUGCAGACAGCGGCCUGCUGGAUACCCAGGGGUACUUGCUCAAGGGUGGGAACUUGGGCCAGGCGUUCCGGCUGGAGUCUCGCCGGGGCCCCGACGGAGUCCUGCACCCGGAGCUGGUAGUGGCCAGUGUCCUCGACCGGGAGGCCUGCGCCGCCUACGCUCUGCUCCUCGAGGCCUACGACGGCGGGUCCCCUCCUCGGAGCUCCCAGAUGACCUUGGACGUGUCGCUGCAAGACAUCAAUGACAACGCCCCUGCUUUCAACCAGAGCCGCUACCACACGCUGAUCCCGGAGAACCUCCAGCCCGGCAGCAGCAUCGUGCAGGUCUUUGCCUUGGACGUCGACGAGGGGGACAACGGGGCCGUGGUGUACGAGAUCAACCGUCGCCAGAGCGACCCGGAGCAGUACUUUGUUAUCGAUGCAACGACAGGGGUCAUCAAGCUCAACAAGGGGCUGGACUAUGAGUUGCGCAAGGUGCACGAGCUGGUGGUGCAGGCCCGGGACAAGGCCGUGCAUCCGGAGGUUUCCACGGCCUUCGUCACCAUCCAAGUGCGAGAUUACAAUGACAACCAGCCCACGAUGACCAUCAUCUUCCUCAGCGAGGACGGCUCCCCUCGCAUCUCUGAGGGAGCCCAGCCAGGGCAGUUUGUGGCGCGCAUCUCCGUUUCAGACCCGGACUACGGCGAGUAUGCCAACGUCAACGUCUCCUUGGAGGGGGGUGAAGGCAAAUUUGCCCUCACCACCAAAGACAACAUAAUUUACCUGAUCUGCGUGGACCAGCUGCUGGACCGUGAGGAACGGGACUCCUACGAGUUGCGAGUGACAGCUACUGACGCAGGAACACCGCCGCUGCGUGCGGAGUCGGCCUUUGUGCUCCAGGUGAUGGAUGUCAACGAUAACCCUCCCCUGUUUGAUGCUCAGGAGUACGAGCACACGGUCCCCGAGGUGGUCUAUCCGGGCAGCUUCGUGCUCCAGGUGACUGCCCGGGACAAAGACCAAGGGCCCAACGGGGAGGUCUGCUACAGCAUCCUGCACACCCCCCACACCCACUCCCACUGGUUUGCCAUUGACCCUGCGACGGGCAUCGUCACCACCGCCUCUGCCCUGGACUAUGAGGUCGACCCCCAGCCCCAGCUGACGGUUCUGGCCUCCGACCGGGGCAAGCCCUCCCUGUCCUCCACCGCCGUGGUCCGAGUGGUCCUGCAAGAUGUCAAUGACAACGAGCCCAUCUUCGAGAGCACCUUCUACAACAUCUCCCUGAAGGAGAACGUCCCUCCGGGCACCUGCUUCCUUCACGUGAGGGCGACGGACGCUGACAGCGGCUCCCGGGGCUCCGUCUCCUACUCGCUGGGCAGCGGCAUCAGCAGCUUUGCCCCCUCCGCAUUCAGGCUGGGGGAGGAGACGGGCCAACUGUGCACCGCGGGAGAGCUGGACCGGGACGAGGGCGUGGCCGCCUACGACUUCACAGUCACCGCAGUGGACGGGGGCGGGCUGAGCUCCAUGGCGUAUGUCAAGAUCUUCCUGGAAGACAUCAAUGACAAUGCGCCCGCUUUCUACCCGCUGGAGUAUGCCACCAGCAUCAGCACCCAGAGUCAGCCAGGCUCCGCUGUGCUGCGGGUCAGUGCCCACGACAAAGACGAAGGGCUGUAUGGGCACGUGACGUACCAGAUCGCCAGUGGCAACACCCCGUCACUCUUUGCCGUAAAUCCGGACACUGGUGCCGUCUCUUUGCUGCGGAGCCUGGCAGGCAAAGCCAACACCUUGGAGCACCUGGAGAUUGCAGCCCGGGACGGAGGGGGGCUGAGCGCCCAGCCCAAUGCCCGGAUCAACAUCAGUGUUGUUGCUGGCACCAUCUCCCCCCCGAGCUUUGAGCAGGCUCAGUACUACUUCACAGUCCCUGAAGACACCCGGCCGGGCAGCAGCGUGGGUGCCGUCUAUGCCCACAAUCCCCCAGGACACUUUGACGGUGUGUUUUACUCCAUCUCCUCGGGAGACCCGCAUGGCUCCUUCUCCAUCAACCCGGCCUCGGGAGAGCUGCACACCAGCCUGGCCCUGGAUCAUGAGGCGCAGGUGGCCCUGGUCCUGGAGGUGCAAGCCCGGAGCGGCUCCCCACCUGCGUACAGCAGCGCCCGGGUGCAGAUUAGCGUGGCGGACGUGAACGACAACGCCCCUUCCUUCCCGGUCCCCUUUGAGUCAGUGCUGUUGCCAGAGGGGGCAGCAUUGGGCACUGUCGUGUACACAGUGCACGCAGAGGACCGGGACAGCGGUGCCAACGGGCAAGUGCACUUUGAGCUGGUGCCCGGUGGGCCCAGCGCCUUCACCAUUGAGCACUUCUCAGGUAAGGUGCGGCUGGUGGGGGCCUUGCAACGAGAGGUGAGUGCUCCCUACCAGCUGGUCAUUCUGGCCCAGGACGGUGGGGUCCCACGGCUCAGUGCUACGUUCACACUGCUGGUGCACGUGCAGGCAGAAGAUGAGCACGGCCCGGUCUUCGACACACUCACUUACCGUGUGGAGGUGCGCGAAGGGGUGCCCGUGGGCACUCAUUUCCUGCAAGUGCGCGCGUUGGCACGGGAUUCUCACAUGCCUCUCACCUACCAUUUGCGUGCCGAUGGAGAUGCCACCAGCUUUGGCAUAGUGCCCGACACUGGCUGGCUGCACGCGCGCAGCACGCUGGACCGGGAGGUGCAAGAGCAGUAUGUGCUGACAGUCCUGGCCGUCGCUGGAGAUGGCGAGGGGCGUCAGACGGGCACCACCACCGUCCGAGUCACCGUCACGGAUGAGAACGACAACAGCCCUCGGCUGAGCGAGGAGCGCCAUUUCUUCACGGUGGCCGAGAACCAGCCCGCUGGCAGUAGCGUGGGCCGCGUGAUGGCCACUGACCGGGAUGCCGGGCAGAACAGCCGCCUCUCCUACCGCCUGCUUCCGCAUGAGGGCAGCUUCUUGAUCCACACGCAGACCGGGGAGCUGAGCAUACGACGGAGCCUGGACCGGGAGCAGCAAGCCAGCUACCAGCUGCAAGUCCUCGUCCAAGAUGGGGGCACCCCGCCACGCAGUGCCACGGGGACAGUCUACGUCACUGUGCUGGACGAGAACGACAACGCGCCCACCUUCUUGCACGUGGUGGAGGGGCGUGAGCUUUUCCUGCAGGUUCUGGAGGAGAAGCCGGCAGGGCUGCUGGUGGCUUCGUUGCAGGCCAAGGACCCCGACGAGGGUGAAAACGGGACCGUCUUCUACUCACUGGCAGGUGCGUGGGCUGAACGCUUCUCCUUGCACCUGGCCACAGGGGAAUUGCGCACAGCCACCAAACUGCGCCAGGCCGACUGUGGUGAAUACACCUUCACCGCAACCGCAAGCGACCGAGGCUCCAGUCCCCGUAGCACCGCAGCAGCUGUGCGCAUCCAGGUGGUGUCCGCAGCUCGGUUGCUCCCUCGACCGGACACCGCCGUGCUGACUUUCUCUCCCAUGGAGGGGCUGCAGCCCGGCUCCGUCAUUGGCUCAGUGGCCUCCCUGGAAAAGCUUCCUCAUGGGCAGGUGACCUACAUGUUGGUGGGAGGCAGUAACGGAGAUGGCACCUUUGUGGUGGACGCAGCCACGGGAGAAAUCUACGUGGCCCAAGAGCUGGACUAUGAGGCCAGGGCCCGACACACUCUGCAAGUGAACGUGGAAGACGCGCUGCGGGGGUACCCUAGCCAGCGCCUGGUGUUGGUUGAGAUUCACGUGCAGGACAGCAAUGACCACGUGCCCACCUGGCCACAAGACCCUGUGACGGUGGUGGUGUCGGAGAGCGCCACCUCUGGCAUGUCCCUCUUCACUUUCCAGGCUCUGGAUGGAGACGGGCCUGGCCCCAAUAGCCAGCUGAGUUACACCCUCGUGCACCCGGAGACAGGGCACUCCCCCUUCCAGCUGGACGCACACAGCGGGGAGCUGAGCCUGCGAGGCCUGCUAGACCGUGAGGCCCAGGCAGCCUACCUGCUGGUGGUGCGGGCCACAGACCAGGCGCGCAACGUCAGUCAGCGCCACUCGGCGGCCCUCACAGCACACGUCUUUGUCAUGGAUGAGAAUGACAAUGUUCCGGAGUUCCUCUCUCCAGCCAGAGUUGACAUUCCUGAGGACCAGCCGACAGGCUUUCUGGUGCUGCAGGUGCUGGCGAGGGACGGCGACUUGGGAGAGAAUGGGCGCAUCGGCUAUACAUUGCGAGCGGGGAAUGGCGAUGGAAGAUUUCACCUCAACCCUAGUACAGGAGCGUUGUCCAUCGUACGGCCACUGGACCGGGAGGAAGUGUCGCAGCAUAACUUGACCGUGGUGGCCACAGACCAUGGCUCCCCGCGGCGUUCGGCCACACAGCUGCUGAGGGUGCGCGUGCUGGAUGUGAACGACGAAACCCCGACUUUCCAGAGAAGCCAUUACGAGGCCAGCGUGGCAGAGAAUUUGCCACCAGGGGCCCCCGUCUUGCAGCUGCUUGCUACUGAUCGUGACCUGGAAGCCAGUGGGCAGGUGUCCUAUGGUGGCAUCUCCGGAGAGGACUUCUCCGUUGACCCCUCCACGGGCCUUAUCAGCACCCGGCGCUCCUUGGACCGUGAGGAGCAGGCAGAGCACCUGCUGACAGUGUAUGCGCGCGACGGAGGUGUGCCCCCACACCAGGCCAAGGUUUCGGUGCGCAUCCUGGUGGCUGAUGAGAACGACAAUGGCCCGGCCUUCCAGAGCGAGGCGUGUGCCUUGGAGGUGCCGGAGAACCAGAGCCAGGUGGAAGUGAUCACCCUAUGUGCCACGGACCACGAUGCAGGCGAAAACGGCCGCCUCUCAUACCAGCUGACAACCGGAGAUCCCGAGAAGGACUUUGCCCUAAACCCCACCUCAGGCAAGCUGUACACGACCCGAGGGCUGGACCGGGAGCGAACCCCCAGAUAUGCGCUGACCGUGGAGGCUUGUGACCACGGUUCACCCCCCCGCUGUGCCAACCUGGCGCUCCACGUGCAAGUGCUGGACCUGAACGACAACGCCCCCCGCUUUGCCCAGGGGGCCUACUUGGCAGAAGUCCCCGAGGACCUGCCCGUGGGCUCCGUGGUGCUGCAGCUGGCAGCUCUGGACCCAGACGAGGGAGCCAGUGGCCAGAUUUCAUACUUUCUGGCCAAGGAGUCCCUGGGUACCUUCCAGGUGGAGCCCGAGACGGGCCGCCUCACCCUCUCCCAUGCUCUGGACCGGGAGCGCCGGGCGACCUACAGCUUCCUAGCCUUGGCAGUGGAUUCCUCCCCCCUGAACCCUCAGAGCACUUCCGUGCGGGUCACGGUCACUGUCCAGGACGUGAAUGACCACUUCCCUACGUUCCCACUCAGCCCGCUGGCCGUCACGCUGCCUCGCAACACGCCUGGCAGGAGGGUGGUGGCCACGCUGUGUGCCGAAGACCACGACGCCGGAGCCAACGCCUCGAUCCUCUACCGCUUCGCCACGCCCUCCCCAGCCUUCUCCAUCAACACCUACACAGGGGUCAUCGAGCUGCUGAAGCCCCUGUCAGCCAUGGGUCAGCGCCAGCGCACCUUGUUCGUGGUGGCCAGCGACAUGGGGCAGCCCUCCCUCUCCUCCACCGGCGUGGUGGUCAUUCACCUGCAGGAGGAGAGUUACCGGGGGGUGCGCUUCCCCCGCAGCAGCAGUGACGUGGCCCUGCCUGAGAACGCCGCCCCAGGUACCACCGUGGUGAGCAUCCCUGCCGCUCACACCACAGGCUCCUCGGGCCGUAUCACCUACAGCAUCGUCAGCGGCAACGAGAGGGGAGCCUUCCACAUCCAGGCCAGCUCAGGCGUGGUCUCUGUGCGAAAUCCGGGGGUGCUGGACUUUGAGGCGAGCCCCCGCCUGCGUCUGGUGCUGCAGGCUGAGUCGGCCUCCUCUUUCGGCUUCCUGGCCGUUCAGGUCAAUCUGCAAGAUGUGAACGACAACCACCCACGCUUUCAGCUGCAGAAUUAUGUGGCUUUCAUCCGGGAGGCGCAAGGCUAUGACUCGCCUGUCAUCCAGGUGGUGGCUGAUGACGUGGAUCAAGGCCCCAAUGGGCAGGUGACCUACAUGAUCAACCAGACACUGCCCAUGAACGGGCUCUACCACAUCAAUGCACAAACAGGUUCUAUCACCACAGCAGCCAUUCUGGACAGGGAGAUCUGGGCUCAGACGCGGCUGGUGCUGACCGCCACAGACAGAGGAAGUCCUCCCCUGGUGGGCUCGGCCACGCUGACCGUGGUGGUGAUGGACGUGAAUGACAACAACCCCACCAUCCCCGCCCCCUGGGAGGUGCGGGUGCCUGAAAACACCCUCCUGGGCACGGAGAUCACCAUGGUGACCGGCAAUGACGUGGACUCCGGCCCACUGCUCUCCUACCUGCUUGUGCUGGACAGCAGCGUGAGGGGCACCUUCGGCAUCCUGCGCUACGGGGGCCGCAUUAUGCUGAUGGGGCCGCUGGACUAUGAGCAGCGUCGCCGCUACACCCUGACGGUGCGCGCCUCUGACUCCCAGCACGAGACGGAGGCCAACGUCACCGUGCUGGUGGAAGACGUCAACGACAACGCGCCCCGCUUUGCCCAGGCCCUGUAUCAGGUGCUGCUGCCAGAGCACACCCCGGCUGGCAGCCCCAUCCUGACGCUCAGUGCCACCGACCUGGACUCUGGCACCAAUGGGGAAGUCACCUACCAACUGGCCACGCCCAGCCAUGCCAUUGCCAUUGAUCCACACAAUGGCACCCUCUUCACCACACAGCCCCUCCUUCUGGAGCCAGGGCCCCCCACGCUGGACGUGCGGGUGGAGGCCCAUGACGGGGGCUCUCCCAAACUCUCGACCUGGACCACUGUGCAAAUCCAGGUGCUGGAUGUGAAUGACCACGGACCUCAGUUCUCGCAGCCAUGCUACAACGCCAGCGUGCCCGAAGACCAGCGCCCGGGCACCACAGUGCUCACCCUGCAUGCCACAGACGGCGACGUCGCCCGGGACAACGCGGCCGUGGACUACACCAUCGUCAGUGGGAACAGCGGGCACACGUUCCAGCUGGAGGGCCAGGUGGGCGGGGCCAGCGCCUUGGUCCUGGUUGAGCCCCUGGACUUUGAGGCGGUGGCGCUCUAUAACCUGACCGUGGCAGUGACUGACCGAGGCGUGCCUCAGCACAGUGCCGUCGUGCUGGUUGUUCUCACCGUGCUGGAUGCCAACGACAACCCGCCGGUGUUUGGCCGCCCCACCUACCACAUGGCUGUGAGUGAGAGCGCUGCCCCCGGAACAGAGCUCCUCCGCGUGGCUGCCCAUGACCCCGACUCGGGCACCCACGGCCAGGUCCACUACCGCAUCAGCUCUGGGGACCCCGGCGGGCUCUUCCACGUGCACCCCUCCACCGGAGCCCUUCGCCUCUCCAAGAGCCUGGACUGUGAAGAGCAGGCCCAGCACAUCCUGGUGGUGCAGGCCUCGGAUGGGGCAGGCGGGCACUUCGCACUGGCCUCGGUCACCAUUGAGGUAAAGGACGUCAAUGACAACACCCCCUACUUUCCCCGGGAGUUGUUGAGCACCAGCCUGCGGGAGAACCUGCCCCCUGGCAGCUUGGUCACCACCGUGCAGGCCGUCGACACAGACGUGGGCGUCUUUGGGGAGCUGCGUUACGCCCUGCUGCGGACGGAGGGGUGGGAGGCCUUCAGCAUCAACAGCACUUCCGGGGCACUGCACUCCCGGCUGCCUUUUGACUACGAGCGCAGCAAGGCGGUCCAGCUGCAGGUCCAAGCCACGGAUGCAGGGAACGCCUCAGCCACCGUCACCGUGCGCGUUCUGGUGACCGGCGAGGACGAGUACGACCCAGUCUUCCUCAGUCCAGCCUUCAGCUUUGAGGUUCCCGAAGGGGCACGCAAGGGGCACAGUAUUGGGCACGUGGUGGCCACCGAUGAGGACGAGGGCCCGGACGGGGUGGUGCUCUACACCUUGACUAAGCCAUCCCCCUUCUUUGGGAUCAACCAGACGAGCGGCACCGUCUACCUCCGUGUCGACAGCCAGGUGCCGGCAGGCAGUCCUCCCAAGCGGGAGCCGCGAGAGAUGGUGCUGGAGGUGCAGGCCCAUGGGCCCCUGCCUGCCUCCCGCUCCACCACUGCCCAAGUCACCAUCGACGUCACGCACACCUCCUUUGGGCUGGUGCCCGACCUCAACCUGCUGCUGGUGGUGGCGGUGGCAGCCUCACUCGGCGUGGUGGUGUUGUUGGCUGCUGUGGCCAUUGUGUUGGCCCUCGUCCGCUCUCGACAAGACCAUGGCCAUAAAGAGACGGACUUGGCCCACGUGAAGAGCGCCUCAUUGCAGAAGUUGGGCCACGCUGAGCCAGCCCUGCCUGGUGGGGACUGCCUCUACCACGAGGCGCUGCCUGGCUAUGGCACGGAGCCCGCUGGGCCCUACGCCAGAGGGGGAUCGCUGGACCCCUCCCACUCAAGCGGCCGUGGCUCCGCGGAGGCAGCUGAGGAUGACGAGAUCCGCAUGAUCAACGAGUGCCCCCGCAUGUCCAGCGUCACCUCUUCCCUGCAGGAGCAUUUGGCUGCCCGAGGGCCAGACUCCGGGAUCCAGACGGAUGCUGAUCGCCUCUCGGACGUGUCUUGCGAGCCAGCCACUCUCGACGCAUCCCACUGGUUCAAGAACAGGAAGGGGCCCGGCCUGCUGCUGCCCGGGCAGCCCCCGCAGCACUACCGGGACGAUGGGGGCGGUAGCGUGGCCUACUUGGGGACUGGCUGUGGCCUCAACAUCUCAGCCACCAAAGACUAUUCCUUUCCAGAGGACGGGAAGCCAUGCGUGGACGGCUCCCUCACGGCCAUUGUGGCAAGUGAUGAGGAGCUCCGUGGCAGCUACAACUGGGAUUACCUGCUCAACUGGUGCCCCCAAUUCCAGCCGCUGGCCAGCGUCUUCACAGAGAUUGCGCGCCUCAAGGACGAGAGCUCCCUGCGCAAGCCCUUCCCCACCAAACCCAAGCCCCGCAUCGACCCACCACCCCUCAUCACCUCAGUCGCACACCCCAGCGCCAAGUCUGUGCCCCCCAAGCCCGCCGUGGGCCGGGCCUUCCCCCACCUCUCCUCGCUACGACGUUCACCCAUCAGCCACGAGGGCUCGCUGUCUUCGGCUGCCAUGUCACCCAGCUUUUCCCCCUCACUGUCGCCCCUAGCUGCUCGCUCCCCUGUUGUCUCGCCCUUCGGGGUUUCCCAGGGCCCCUCCGCCUCCGCCAUAAGCACUGAGCACUCCUCAGAGACCCCUGAUGGGGCUGAGCUCCGCAUCUAG